UCCAAUCGUGAUGGCACGAAGGGGUGUUUUAUCCAGCUCUCUAGUAUUACUAAUUUCAAUCCUUUGUUUUGAUUUGUUGGUGGACGUUGCGCUUGGCAAUAGAUGUGGACAAAGAAAGAUUAAGCUGCAGCAGCUAGUGACCCAUGGUUAUACUACAUUUCCGGGUGAGUUCCCGUGGCAUGCAGCUCUGUUCAUGGUGGCCGGCUUCAAGAAAUCCUACAUUUGUGGUGGUUCACUAGUCAACGAGUUUAGCAUCGUGACGGCUGCACACUGCGUAACCGAUCCGGCCACUGGAUUGGUUACUUCUCCAGCUACCCUUUUUGUGCAACUGGGAACAUUUAAGUUAAAUCUUCACUCGGAUACGGUGCAGGAGCAUACCGUUCAACAGGUGAUUGUCCAUAGUGAUUUUCAGCUGGUCACAAGUAAAUAUGACAUUGCGGUGCUGAAAUUAGGCACACAGGUAAAAUACACCGAUUAUGUGCAGCCAAUCUGUGUAUUUCCUCAACCGGUAGUAAACUUUAACGAUGGAGCCGGGCGAGGUGUCAGCGUUGGAUGGGGUUAUACGGAGUUCGAUACACUAUCGGAUGCUUUGAGAGGAGCAACAUUGCCAUUGGUCAGCUACACAACGUGUUUGGAGAGUAAUCCGGAUUUGUUCGAUCGAACUAUUUACGAUGGGAUGUUCUGUGCUGGGUUCAAAAAUGGAACAAACGUAUGCAACGGAGACAGCGGAGGAGGAAUGUAUUACAACCAUAACUCCGUAUGGUAUUUGAUUGGAAUCGUAUCGUUCACUGCAGCCCGGGAAGUCGAUAGCAAUCUCUGCAGCACCAAGGAGUACACGGGUUUCACGAAGGUGUCUGCCUUCGAGGAUUUCAUAGUAGAACACUGUGGUCUACAAAGCUCUGCAACAAAUUUUGCAACGACAACAAAGAAACCGUCCAACGGUGCUAAGAAAAAACACUACGUGGCAUCAAAUUUUGCCCCCGAAUCAAAGGUCAAUUGGUUUCAGGCUGGUGACUAUUGUCGGUCUCUUGGACACCAUCUUGCGGAGAUAAAAUCAGAGCAAGAUAAUGCAAAAGUAAAAGAAAUAACCUCACAUGCAGAUAUGGAAAUCGAUGCUCACGGAGUAUCUCGCUUGAAACACUUUUGGAUUGGAGCGAACGAUUUGGGAGUGAACGGCGUCUUCAGGUGGCAAUUUAGUGGAAAACCUCUCACUUAUACUCAUUGGCGUUCCAACGAACCGGACAAUAAAAAUAAUAACGAGCAUUGUGUACUUGUUUUGGGGAAUCGACAGGCAUUUUGGGCGGAUGCAAACUGUAGGGCUAAAAAGCAAGUGUUAUGCGAGAUUUGGAAAUAAAACAAGCAGUACGAUUUAUUUCCAA